AUGGCACCUUCGACUCAUUUCAAGCUUAACACCGGCGCCCAGAUCCCCGCCGUAGGACUUGGCACCUGGAGAUCCGAACCUGGUCAAGUCCGCGAAGCAGUCUCGUUCGCUCUCAAGAACGGAUAUACUCACAUUGACGCGGCAUUGAUCUACGGAAACGAGCACGAAGUCGGCCAGGGCAUCAAGGACAGUGGUGUCCCUCGCGAAAACAUUUUCAUCACCAGCAAGCUGUGGAAUACUCACCAAAACAAUGUCGCGGAAGGUCUCCAAAAGACACUUGAGGCUUUGGGUACGGACUACCUCGAUCUCUACCUUAUCCACUGGCCAGUCCGACUUGUUGCUAACGAGUCGAGCGCGCUUCUUCCUGUCAACCCCGAUGGUACACGAUCUGUCGACCGAUCCUGGGACCAGAAUGAGACCUGGCGCCAGAUGGAGGAGGUAUACAAGGCCGGCAAAGUAAAGGCAAUUGGUGUGGCCAACUGGUCGAUUCCCUAUAUGGAGGAGCUCAAAAAGAAGUGGACCGUGGUCCCUGCCGUCAACCAAGUCGAGUUGCACCCUUUCCUUCCUCAGCAUGCACUGAAGAAGUGGUGCGACAAGCACAGCAUCCUCCUCGAGGCGUAUUCCCCACUUGGCUCCGAAGGCGCUCCACUCAUGUCCGAUCCCACAAUUCAGGAGAUCGCUAAGAAGAACAAUGUUUCAGCCGCCACGGUACUCAUCAGCUACCACGUCAACAGGGGCGUUGUUGUACUACCCAAGUCCAUUAAAGAAAGCCGAAUCGUGAGCAAUGGUCAAGUCAUUCCUCUCUCCAGAGAGGAUAUGGAUGUGCUGAAUCGCCUGGCUGCACAAGGAAAGGCCAAGCGUAUCAAUACGCCUCUGUUUGGAUGGGACCUUGGUUUCGAUGACUGGUACAAGCAGUAA